ACUAAGAUUCAAACCAUUCAGUGGUUUAUGUAGCUACACACAAACAUGAAUGCAUGGCAACCCUAGCUGAGGACAGGGUGUGUUGAACAGUAAUGAAGGCUCCUGCCAAGAUGGCUGCGCGCAUGUAGACGAUGCUUCUAAGUUGUGUAACAAUGCAACCUACUUAAGGAUACGUUAUUAGAUAAUUAUAAGAUGGCAGGUCGGGGGAGAGGAAGGGGCAGGGGGAUGUCCUUCAAUAUCGAAGCUCUUGGGUUUGGACGAGGCGAAACACUUCCCGGGGCAGUACAACAACCACCACCGCUGUUUCCACCAGUCAACUACAAAGCAGUUCCCCUGGCAACAGGAGAAGACUAUGACUACAUGCAGGCCCUGAAGCAAGAGUUCCACGGUGCCAGCCGCAAGUCACCGUUCUUCCUCGACUUGAUGGAGAAGAAGAAGGACAUAGAGAGGUACUCGGACAAAUACCAGCUGGGUCAGCAGGACAACUGCUCCGGGUGGAUACCAGACUGGCGUAGGUUGCCCGGGGAGCUGAAGAUUAAGACCAAGAGGCCUCGCCCUGGCAGAAGCAGUGCUAAACCCAACUUGAAGAAGGCGAAACUGAAGAUUAGUGAAGUGGACAUUGACAAGACGUUGGAGAAACUGGAGAAACUUCCAGAUGCAGAAGAAGGUAACAAGGAGGAGAAUGAGAGACAGAAGGAAGAAGACAGAGAGGAGGAAGAAGCUGAGGAGUUGUAUGAGGAAGAGGAACUGGAGGAGGAAACUGAUUACAACCUGAACUACUUUGACAAUGGUGAGGGCUAUGGUGACGAUGAUGACGACGUGGAUGAAGGACCCAUUUAUUGAGAUGCAGGAUGCCAUGUGUUUCUACAUGGAUCUGUUGUCGGGAACAAGUGCUGAUGUCGACCUGAUGAUGCUGAGGUUGUCCUGUCAUACCUCCAUGUUCCUAGGACAUCAGUACCCUCAAUGGCAUAUGGUGUGCUUUGUGAAGAAAGGAUUUGACAAGACAGAGCUCAGCAUAGACUGGGGGGAAAGUGUGAUUGAUCUACAGACAUGGGUGAGGAUAACAGUCUGAAAACAGUCAGGUGUGUCAGAGUGUGGCUGGUAAUUCUCUCUGGAUCACUGUGUUUUGCUUCGUGAGCAGCUCAAUGUGUGGCCAGGGUGAGCGAGUGUCAUAAUAGGCAUAUAGCAAGGACCGUUGUCAUGGAAUCAACCAUUGUAGUGUCCACGGGUCAUUGUGGUAGAGAUGACUAUGAGCAACAAUCUGACAGGCUCCAAAACCCUUGCAUCCUUCCAUAAGGUUGGUUGGACAGUUCCCUCACAUGAACUCCUGACACAACCUGGUAUGGAAGGGUUGUCGGAUCUUCACAUAUAGUCACAGUACAGUUCGGAGUGCAAUGGGAUUGAUUCAUUCAUACGUUUAAGGGAUCAAUUUUUCACCAGUUGUUAUUGACAUUUGCAAGUUAUUUUUCAACUGAUAUCAAACCCUUGAAGAUGUGGUUACGUUUGACCUGGGAUUUGACAGUACAUGCCCAGAUGAUAUUGAGCAGUGGCACCAGCUGUGUAUCACAUGCAUUGAUUUCCACAGAAUACAUGCAUUACAUUCAUGUAGAAAAUUGCUGACAAGCACUUUAGAGUGACUGGCAGUGUGACACAUGUUACAGUUUGGCUACGUAGGUGACUGUGUAAGGGACACACGACCUUGUGCUGCAGGCUGAAUCAAUAUGAAAUACUUUUAUUUU